UCCAUUUCAGUCAUUCUCUGGAACAACAACAAAAAACCUUCGCAACUUCUCCUUCUCCGGCGAUGGCGACCAUCGGAAACAACCACCUCAACGCCAAGCUCGUGCUUCUUGGUGACAUGGGAACCGGCAAGUCUAGUCUCGUCCUUCGCUUCGUCAAGGGCCAAUUCCUUGAAUUCCAGGAGUCGACAAUCGGGGCGGCUUUCUUCUCGCAGACGCUCGCCGUGAGUGAUGCCACAGUGAAGCUUGAGAUCUGGGACACCGCCGGGCAGGAACGAUACCAUAGUCUCGCUCCCAUGUAUUAUCGCGGUGCCGCCGCCGCCAUCAUUGUCUACGAUAUCACCAGCACUGAAUCGUUUGAGCGAGCGAAAAAAUGGGUCUUGGAGCUCCAGAAGCAAGGCAAUCCAAACAUGGUGACGGCUUUAGCUGGAAAUAAGGUGGAUUUGCAAGAUAAAAAGAAAAGGUCACAACUGAGUAUUGCAUUUGUUAAGCGAUCUGGUGAUCUUAAUUUAGUUUUUAGUUCACUUCAGUUUUUGGUGGAAAUCUAG